AUCGGAUUCCUACAAGCCCGAAUGGGAAUAGUGCCAACUUGGGAAGGAGCUCACUAUUUGCCAUCUAUAGUUGGACGAUCGUCUGCGCUGAGAAUACAGACAACUGCACCAAUAAUCACAGCACAAGAGGCGAAGGAUCUCGGCUUCGUUGAUGUCAUAUACGAAAAGGAUGAAGAGUUUGAGGAGUUGGUCGCGUCAAUGUUGAAAAAUGGAGCAGAUGUUUGUAAAGCACAAAAAGCAAUGAUUGACGCAACAGAGAAAGGAGAGGAGGCUAAGCUCGGCUUUUUAUCUACUUCGGGACCGCCUGGGGCACCUGACGGCGGAGCACGUUUACUCCUUUUCGAUUUUGAUUUCUUCUUCUUUUUCGCUGCAUUAUUCGAAUUUGUUGAAACUUACUUCUCUCCUGCUGCUGCAGAGCUUCCAGAAGAAGAUCCAGAAGGUGCGUCACCAAGACCUGGUCCCGGUGCCUGA